AUGGAUGAAAUCAAACAAAUACUAGAACAUGCAUUUGAUAAUAUCGAUCCAACACAUGAUCAAAUGAUACGACAUUUACAUCGAGCUAACCAAAUUGCAAAACGUGCAUUACAAUUUGGUCAUCAUCCAUUUGGUUGCAUACUUGUUGGACCAGAUAAUGAAGUCAUAUUGAUCGAUCAAGGUAAUGUCGAUGUCGUUAAUCAUGCUGAAUCAAUGCUUGCACGAGUAGCUUACACAAAUUUUUCUUCAGAAUAUCUCUGGAGAUGUACACUUUAUACGACCUUUGAACCCUGUGUGAUGUGUGCAGGUACAUUAUAUUGGGCUAAUAUUGGUCGUCUCGUAUUUGGUGCAACAGAAAAACGAUUAUUAGAGCUUACUGGAAAUAGCGAGACAAAUCCGACACUAGACAUUCCUUGCCGUUAUGUAUUCGAACAUGGCCAGAAAAAUAUUAAAGUAUGGGGCCCAUUUCCUGAAGUUGAAAAAGAAUUCAUUGAAUUACAUAAAGGAUUUUGGAAAUAA